AAAAAUUGACAGCUAGUAACACCGACAAGGGAACUUUGCAAGGGAAACAUAACAAAAAUAUUGACAAAUGACAACACUGAUAAUGUCAGGUUUGUUGACAAACAUUCACGAAAGCGAAGGAAUUCUAAAGGGUUCUGGAAAGACUUAUCUAGUUUCUGGAAAUUAUGAAUACUAUCAUUACCUUUGCGAUGGAUUUGACGACAGAGGUUGGGGUUGUGGCUAUAGAACCUUACAAACCAUAUGUUCGUGGAUGACAAACAACCAUGGUUGUGAGACUAAAGUCCCAUCUAUAACAGAGAUACAGGAGAUAUUGGUGCAAUUAGAAGACAAACCUAAAACAUUUUUGAAGUCAAGGCAGUGGAUUGGGAGUUUUGAGGUAUGUCUGGUAAUAGACAAAUUAUAUGACAUUCCCUGUAAAAUAGUGCAUGUGAACCAUGGAGAUGAGCUACAAACUAUAGUAGAUGUGCUAGUUAAUCAUUUUGACAAGUUCGGCAGCCCUGUGAUGAUGGGUGGGGAUAUUGAUGCCUCAUCCAAAGGAAUUAUGGGCAUCCAUGUUGGUCCUAGAGAUGUUAGUCUAUUAGUUGUGGAUCCACAUUAUGUAGGAAAAGAGAAAACAAAGGAGUUUCUAUUUGACAAAGGCUGGGUGAAGUGGCAGCGGCUCACAGACUUCCUGAGCUCUUCAUUUUAUAACUUAUGUUUACCCCAAGUGAAAGCUAGAAGCAAAGCUAGUUAGAACUGGGUUGAUAUUCGAAUUGUGGUGCUACAAAUAUAUUAUUUACAUGAAA